CCUCCUCCUCCCCGGCAGCAGCAGCCGCUAUCCGCAACAAGCAGCUUUCAUUCAGUGUGUGGCUGCUGAGCGGAGAACAACAGGCUACCUCUCUCCUCUCAGUCCGCUAAUGCUGCACAACUAUGUGACAAAGGAAAUAUUUAAGCCAGGCUGCUGUCUAACAAAGAGCCAUAAAGUCAAUAUCAACAUGUGACAUCAUCGUUUUCAUACUGGUAACAUAUUCAGUUUGAAUCAAAUGCUGACAAAACGCUCUCUAGUAAAUCUCAACUUGUAAAAAAAGAUAGAAAAAAGGUGUUGCUCUAUUGUCAUCUAUCAAGAAAGAUGUCCAAGUAUGUUCAGGUCCCAAAGUUUUGCUUCUAGAAAGGCUUCUCUGUUGGGAUCAGAAAUGUGGGAUCAACCAUGAAUCUAAACAGAGGGAUUAAGUCUGUCUCAGUCCUACUGGCCAGACAGUCUUCUGUCCACCUCAGCAACCUGCACCACAUCUACAAUAUCGCUGUGUGCACUGGCUACUGAUGGACCCGUUACCACGGACACAAGGAUUGAGCUCCAGCUGCGCCAUGACUUCAUCAGACCACGACGAGUCAGGGAGCGAUCUGUCCGAAUCCAUGGAGAUCCGUGAGCUCCAGGACCAGUACGUAUCUGCCGAAAACUGCUUCAAGUCCAAAAGUUUACCCAUCCUGAACGGACCAUGCGAGCAUGGUGUUGGCCUCUCUGCGCACCCUCAGCAGGUCGGUACAACCUGCUCCUGCGUGGCCGUGGAGGACAGUCAGGCGCUCCAGCUCAAGACCCCAGAAUCCAGCCAGGCGGAGUCCCCCUCCUCGUGGACGGACUUCUCCCCCUCAAUGUCCAGCAUGGUGGGUCUGAGCAGCUCCAUGCCGGUGGAGGGUCACAGGCCCGCAGGCUUCAGAGGCAGAAAACUUGGUUUCUCUCUGAGCCGGUUUAUUCAGAUCCCGGCCAGAAAGUGUGUGCGGGUUAUCCUGACCGACUCGCGCUGCUUCUUGUUCUGCAUGUGCUACCUGACCUUCAUUCAGUCCCUGAUGGUUUCGGGCUACCUGAGCAGUGUCAUCACCACCAUUGAGAAGCGCUACAGCCUACGCAGCUCCGAGUCCGGCCUGUUGGUCAGCUGCUUCGACAUCGGCAGCCUGCUGGUGGUUGUCUUCAUCUCUUACUUUGGCGGCAGGGGUCAGAGGCCGCGCUGGCUGGCCGUGGGCGGUGUCGUGAUAGCCGUGGGUGCGGCGUUGUUCUCCCUGCCGCAUUUCAUCUCCCCACCGUACCAGAUCCAGGAGAUGAACUCGUCGGCAGGCCACGAAGGCCUCUGCCAAAGCGAGAACGGCAGCAGGCGGGAGCUGGAAGUGGCGUCCUGCCCCCGAGAUCAGGAGGGCAAUGAGCACAACCUGUAUGUGGCGCUGUUCAUCUGCGCCCAGAUACUCAUCGGCAUGGGGUCGACGCCAAUCUACACCCUGGGGCCCACCUACCUGGAUGACAACGUGAAGAAAGAAAACGCUUCUUUGUACCUGGCCAUCAUGUAUGUUAUGGGAGCCCUGGGACCUGCUGCCGGCUACCUGCUGGGUGGCGUCCUAAUCGGCUUCUACGUCGACCCCAAAACUGUGGUGAACAUUGACCAGAAUGACCCUCGCUUCGUUGGCAACUGGUGGAGCGGCUUCCUCCUCUGCUCCAUUACCAUGCUUUUGGUCAUUUUCCCCAUGUUUGCCUUCCCUAAAAAGCUGCCUCCACGCCACAAGAGAAAGAAGAAGAAAAAGAUGAGUUCGUUGGGUGACGUGUCCAGUGACGAUGAUGUGAAGAAGGAAAAGUCUAGUAGCAAAGACCAAAAUGUGUCCUCGUCUAUGGGAUUUGGAAAAGACAUCAAAGACCUCCCCAAAGCCGCUGUGAGGAUCCUCAGCAACAUGACGUUUCUGUUCGUCAGCCUGUCCUACACCGCUGAGUGUGCCAUCGUCACAGCCUUCAUCACCUUCAUUCCCAAAUUUAUCGAGUCACAGUUUGGCAUUCCCGCCUCCAAAGCCAGUAUCUACACAGGUUUGAUCAUCGUGCCCAGCGCCGGCGUGGGCAUCGUCCUCGGCGGCUACAUCAUCAAGAAGCUGAAGCUCGGCGCGAGGGAGUCGGCAAAGCUGGCCAUGAUCUGCAGCGGAGUGUCGCUGCUCUGCUUUUCGACGCUUUUCAUCGUCGGCUGCGAGAGCAUCAAUCUAGGAGGCAUCAACAUCCCCUACACAACCGGUCCGACCCUGACCAUGACCCACAGGAACCUGACAGGCAGCUGCAAUGUAAACUGCGGCUGCAGGAUCCACGAGUACGCUCCGGUCUGCGGCUCUGACGGCAUCACCUACUUCAACCCCUGCUUGGCUGGAUGCAGCACCGUGGGCAAUGACAGCACCGGGACAAGGAACUACACGGACUGCGGCUGCGUUCAGAGCCGCCAGGUCAUCACUCCGUCCGCCGGCGGCCAGGUCAACCAGCUCCAGCUGGUCAUCGUCAAGACGUACCUGAACGAGAACGGGUACGCCGUGUCGGGGAAGUGCGACCGCACCUGCAACACGCUCAUCCCGUUCCUCAUCUUCCUCUUCAUCGUCACCCUCAUCACGGCGUGCGCCCAGCCGUCGGCCAUCAUCGUGACGCUCAGGUCUGUUGAUGAACAGGAAAGGCCUUUUGCUCUCGGGAUGCAGUUUGUUUUGCUCCGGACUCUCGCCUACAUCCCCACGCCCAUCUACUUCGGCGCCGUGAUCGACACCACCUGCAUGCUGUGGCAGCAGGACUGCGGUGUCCACGGCUCCUGCUGGGAGUACGACGUUACCUCAUUCCGCUUCGUGUACUUUGGCCUGGCCGCCAGCCUCAAGUUUGUCGGCUUCGUCUUCAUCUUCCUCACCUGGUACUCGAUCAAGCACAAGGAGGCGCAGGCCGAGCGCUGGCGCCAACACCUGCCUCCCCUGGGCACGGUCAGCGAGCUCGUGUGCCACGCCGGCGGCCGGAAGAGCCACGCCCGCACGCGCUCCUGCCCCGUGUUCAUCCCGCCCCGGCCCGACGUGCCGGUGGCGAUGCUGCUCGACCGCGGCCACAGCAGCUUGAGCUGCCCGGGCAACGGCCUCAAAGCAAUACCUCCUCCCGUCUCGCUGCCGCACCACCACCACAGAGGCUCCGCCCACGUCUGAUUGAUGGAGGGGGGCUAAGGGGGGCUGUUCGUCGUGACACGUGCCUUCCUGUUUUGUUGUUUCUGCACAACACGGCAUCUGCUUUACACAGGACCGACAAGUGCGCCCACCGUACCUAAAGGGCUGGUCAUCAAUUCAUGGGAGAAACUGGGCAAAUCAUCAGCUGCAGCCGCUCUGGAUAGACGAUGUAAGAACAUUAAACUGGUGCUACUGUUAACAGACAGGGCAUUAUAACCUCUGUAUGGCAGAAGAGUCAUCAACACUGCGUCUAAAGCACAACAGACACUCUGUACUAUGCAAAAAUCGACAUAAUGCUCCAUUCCUCUCAAUCCUUCACCACACACCAUAUGUUUUUUUUGUUUUUUUUUAAACAAAUUUUUAACUAAUUGUUUCUUCUAGAUGUGAGCCUCCGUCUUGUCACGGUGGCUCACACAUCUUCAGAUAUGACAGAAUUAGAUUUUGUAUUUUUGUUCACAAGUUUCUCAGAUUUAUUUCAGUGUCGUUUUCUCUUAACAGUGCCUCUCAGGCCGUCGCGGCCAGUCCAGUACGCAGGUCUGGCUGUCAGGGUUAAUGUUAGCCUCAGCAGAAUCCAAGAUCGCCUUCACCAACUUAACCAUGUAGCUUAAAGCAGAUAAGCACCAAUAGCACAUCACUAAAUUAUACUAUCCAAGCAAAAAAAAAAAAACUAAACUACACAAUAGAUUUCUCACAAUGUGCUGAAGCUACUGUAAAUCCUAAAUAUGUGAAUGCAGGUUUGGAAAAAGUGGUAUCAUAUUUGGCCUUGUAUUUAUAAAAGCUCCUCCAUUCCAGCGGCCAUCAGAUGUACAUAGUUGUUAUUUAGCUGUCUAGACUUUUAAAGAUUUAUUGCAGCAGAGCAUGACCCAAACUAUCCAGAGAGGGAGUCAACCUUCUGUUGUUUGGUGCCAUCUAGUGGACAAAACCAUUUUUUGUGAGAAGCCUGUGAAUGUCGACGGUUUCAAAUCUUCUGUGUGUUUGAGAAAUCAUGGUUGCGAAAAGUUAAAUUAAAAAAUUCUCUAAAGUGAA